CGUAGAUCGGAUCAGUUACACGGUCUACAAACGGAGCGCGAUCGUAACUUAUUUCGUAGAGUCGUCGUAGUUCGUAGUACAACGUCGGCGUAGCCUAUAAGCAGUGCUGUUUAUAUCCCGGCGUUUUUUAUUCUAGUCAUAUAAAUAUAGCAAUAAAGGAGAACACAAAGCGAGCUUCAUGGAUUGCUCUGUAUUACAAAACGACGGAAAAGCAAGAUGAUUAUACCCUUAUUGUAUGGGAUGUAUGUCACAUAAGAAAUAACAACAUUUACAUUUACAUCACUACAGAGUAUGUACUGAAAUUUUCAUGGGCGUCUCAAAAGUUUAGAAUAAAACUAAAGCAAGGUGAUGGAUACCAGCUCCCUAGGCCGAAGUAGACAAACGCCCGCUGCGAGAAAUCACAUCGUUUACACCGACCACAAGGGACGAAAGAUCCCUUACGCGGACAAGAUCACCCCGGAGCCAAUCCUCAACAACAAUGCGGGCCGGGAUACAAAGGCGGACUCGAUCAGGAACAGUUAUAAUAGCCAAUUCAAAGUUGGCAUUUACGGUUGGCGAAAGAAAUGUCUCUACAUUCUUGUCAUGGCGCUCAUGCUUAUGAUGAUUAUCAAUCUCGCUUUGACGCUGUGGGUUUUGAAAGUAUUGGAUUUCAAUUCGGAAGGCAUGGGUCAGCUAAGAAUAGUUCCAGGAGGUUUACAAUUGCUAGGACAAGCACUAGUACUGGACUCUCUUUUUGCAUCCAGCAUAAAAUCUCGGCGAGGGCAGCCUAUCUCUAUAGAGUCGUCCAGGAAUUUCACCGUAUCUACGCGUGAUUCGCUUGGAAUGUUGCAAAGCAGACUACUUUUAGGACAUGAUCGCUUAGAGAUAAACGCAGCUCGGCUAGAAGUGCGCGACACGCGAGGCACUUUGCUGCUAGGAGCGGGACAAGACGCUGUGACCAUUGGCGCAGAUAACCUCAUUGUGGCGAGUCCUGCCGGGGCUUCCUUCAACACGGCCAUACAGUCACCGCUGGUCAAAGCGCCACCCUCUAAACAAUUGAUGCUAGAAUCCCCUACCCGGUCAUUGGAGAUGCAUGCAGCACAGAGCAUAGCUCUGGAAUCCCGUGCUGGUGACAUCAGCGCAAGCUGUCUAUCCACCUUUCGACUACGCUCCAUCGCUGGUUCGAUACGGUUAGAUGCACCGAGUAUUUACAUGCCGAAGCUCAAGUCCGCGUUACCGCUGCCCCCAACAGCUCCACACACGCACGAUCCGCACCAUCAAAAUAUAUACCAGCUUUGUGCUUGUGCAAACGGCAAGCUGUUUUUAGCGCCUCCACACGGUGUGUGUGCCGCCAGAGAAGAGAGCUUAAUUUGCCGAUGAUGCUUCACAAGUUAACUAAAAUGUAAGAGUUAGCAGGGGACUCUUCGUUACUUGCCCCAUACAACCGUAGUUUGGUGGUUUGGUUGGUAAAUCAAACUCGAUGUAAUUUUGGAGACA